UUAUUUGGUGGCGCGUAUUGGAGAGUUGGCUUGCCCAAGCUUGUGUGAGCGGAGCGCGAGAACACUACAAAUACAAGAACGCGCGCACCUGUGAGCCUUUACACAGCUCUGAAGAGAGAAGAACCUGAACGUCAUCAUCCUCCUGAAUACCAACUCAUCUCAGUGUAUUUUAAAGGUGUGAGAAAAGCAGCGCAGCGGAUCUGAGGAUGUCCUGCAUUUGGUCGCUCGUGCUGUUCUCUCUGUUGGUCGCGUGUCCUGGACUCUCGCGCUGUGCGCUCGACUACCUAUCAUUCACAGACAACAGCGACCCCCAGUCUGAGCGCUAUGACAAACGAUAUGGUGAUAUCGAUUAUGACGGUUUCAUUGGCCUGAUGGGCAGGAGGAGUGCUGGAACAAAUCGUGACACAAUUUCAACAUUUAGACCUAACACGAAUGACAUUUUUGUUGGACUGUUGGGACGGAGAAACAUAGUGUCUGCUAUUCCUGCUUGGAGACGAGAGAGGAGAGGCAACAUUUUCUUAAAGGACAGAAGGCAAAGGUUUUGUUGUGGUGUAUGAAGCCUGAUCUGAUCUGUCUCAUCUAUUCCCGAAGAAAACGUAUCUUUCUUUAUAAGAUAAAUGAGUUGUCUGAUUUUUUGUUUGUUGUCAAAGUGCAUUCAUUCUAGUAUAUUUUAUUGUUGUUGUUUUUUUUUUUGUAGGAUAAUAAUUCUUACAUUGAGCCCCCUUAAGAGUACAGAACUGAGUAUUCUCAAAUCAGAUAAAGGAUUUUCUUUCAAUGGAUGACAACAAUCUUAUGUUGAUUGGACAGAUAUAAGAAGAUUGAAGAAUAUAUGAGCCCCACUGUAAAUUUUUUUUGCUUAUACCUUAUUCAUUUUAACAUAUGCUUAUUUAAAGUGCUGUAAAAUGCACAAGGGUGAAAUAACGAUAUUUUAUUUACUCAUAGAGAAAAAAUCCACACAAGAAAACAACUGUUUACUGUAAAAUAAGUCUUUAUUUAAUUUGCUGGUUAUUAUUCCUCAUUGAAUUAAUCUUAUCACACAUUUGCCUCACACACUCUUUUAUAAAUUAAAGAUUGCUGUGAAAGUGCUGUACAGGAUUCCAUUGGUACAUAAAGACCCUAAUGAGAAAAUAAAGGGCAUGAAAAAACAUCAAUUGAGAAAUACAAUUUUGCUUUAAAAAGAUUGGCAAGGACAUUUGCGUCUUCCAGCUGGUUUUAUGAAUGGUUCUGAUUCAUUUAUGACAAAUUGAGUUCCCUCUUCGUUAUAUAAUCCACUACACAUCUCCCAAAUUUCUAUGGGCCUUCUUUGUCAACACAUUUUCCCAGAACACUUUGCUCAAACAAUAUAAUGUCUGCAAAGAAAACUACUCAUCUUAAGAUCUGAUCUACAUUUCAUUGUUCUGUUGAGGUUAUGAGCCAAUCUGAAAAAUAACAAAUCAAAAGCAACUCAAGGAAAAUGGAAAGAUUACAAAGGAAUUUUAGCUAAAGAGCUUUUCUGAGGAAGAUCAUCAAGAGAAGUAUAAGCAUGUUCAAACGUUUCUUAACUUCUUGUUAAAAUAAUAGAACUUUACCACAUAAAAAAACCCAAAACAACCAGAUCAUCCUUGAAGUAGGUGGCACAAACUCUUUAAAUCAACAGAACACUGCAAACAGCCCCCAGAAUUCACACCAUAUGUAUUAAUGAAAACUCACUUGCCUUGAUCACAUUUAGUCAAAACCCAUAUUCAUUCCCUCAACAAUACCCAGAAUUCCAUUAGGUAUUAAAAUAAGAAUCAUUUUACCAAGAAUGUUUUUUUAUGCUCGAUCAAUUCACAACAAGACCAUUCAUUUCUACAACAAAUGCAAAAGUGAUGCUGGGAGUGGUCAAAAUAAAACAGUGGUUUAUAUUAAAAUACAACUCAUUCCCAGUUCAAAUAAGUUUAUUUAUUCAAAUAAACUAUUAGAAAUUCUUCAUAAUUGUGGCAAGCCACUCCGUUUCAGUUAGUGCACUGUCAAAAUGAUUGCCAAGAUUCUUCUCUUUAUUCCUCAUUACUGUCCUCUGCCUGCCUUGCAGCCCCUACUUUACCUCCUUGCUUUACCAUACUUGAAUAGAAAGUGAAUAAUACACAUUUAACGUGCAUUAUUUUUGCUCAUGAAAAGUUUGACAACAUCAGAAUAUUUAAAGGCAUGGUUUUAAAAAAAAAUGCUGUCACCAUUUUCUCAGCCUGAUGUCUUUCCGAAGGCAUACGACUUUUGUAUAUUUUGGAGAACAUGAGGGUGAGUAAACAAUGACAGAAUUUUUACUUUUAGGUGAACUGUUCCUUUAAGUAUAGCAAAUACACACACAUAACUGAGAAAUUGAGACUUAAAACACACAUCACAAGAAAUUGAAUUAUUUUCACUACGCUGCAUCAACUGUAAAAUCAGCUAAUUUAAUCUCACACACAAACCGCUGUAAUGUAAAAGCAAAAUCAGACAAUCCGCAGUCAUACUCCAGUCAAUUAAAUAAAGCAUUAU